AUGCUCAACAUUGCAGUUGCCGGCUUGGGACGAAUGGGCAAACGCCACGUCGCAACGCUGCUCAAUCGCGUCACCCGCGCCCGAGUGGUCGCAGCAUGCAGUAUGGCUCCCCACGAGACAGAAUGGGCCCGCGCCAACAAGGAUUACAUCGACUUCGGCAUCAAGGUGUACGACAGCUAUGAGGAUAUGUUGAACCAUCCAGGCUUGCAAGCCGUCUGGAUCUCGACCAGCACGGACGUUCACGCCAGCCAGACGAUCAAGGCUGUGGAAAAGGGUUUGCAUGUCCUCUGUGAGAAGCCCUUGAGCACGGAUCUAAACGAAGUCUCGGCAGCGAUCGCCGCCGCAAAAUCUCGCCCCGACCUAAAAGUGAUGGCCGGUUUCUCGCGGCGCUUCGACGCAUCGUACCGCGAUGCAUACCAGAAGGUCAAAUCCAACAUCAUCGGUGAUGCAUACCUGGUCCGCAGCAACACGUGCGACCUGCUCGACGAGACGGGGUUCUUCGUCGCUUACGCGAAACGAAACGGCGGCAUCUUUGUCGACUGCACGAUCCACGACAUCGACCUUGCACUGUGGUUCAUGGACAGCCCUGCGCCAAAGUCCUGCUUUGCAGUGGGCACACUGAAGCACCACCCGGAGCUCGCCGAGAGCAACGACGUUGACAACGGGGUCGGCGUUGUCGAGUUCUACGGCGGCAAGAUUGCUUACUUUCACGCCUCGCGCACCCAGGCCCAUGGCCACGACGUCUGCACCGAUAUCAGCGGCACCCAGGGCAAAGUCAUGGUCAACGUGAUCCCCAAGGCGAACAACGUGGUCGUCGCGGACAAAACAGGAAUGCGACACGAGGUGCAGCCGGAAUACUGGCAGAGGUUCGAAGAUGCCUUCGCCACUGAGGCCCAGGAGUUUGUCACGUCCGUGCUCGAGGGCAAGGAGGUGCCGGUGCCGUUGGAGAGCGGCUUCCUGGUUAUGAAGAUCGGGCGGGCGUUGCAGGAGAGUUUGCUGACGGGGAAGGUGGUGAAGUUUGACGAGCAGGGCAGGAGGAUUGACGAGUGA